UUGUGCGCCUGCGCAGAGCUUGGGCCGCCAUGUUGGAGCUGGAUGACGCGGUGAGCUUCGUAUGUUUCUAAACACUCGUCUUCACGCCGUCUCCUCCGUGCUGGAGUCCGUCUGAAACGAGCGGAGCCCCGAACGGUGGAGCCCACGAUGAACGCCAGCGGGGACCUGUCGCGGCGGAACCCGCAGGAGGACUUCGAGCUGAUCCAGAGGAUCGGCAGCGGGACCUACGGCGAUGUGUACAAGGCUCGUAACGUCAACACAGGGGAGCUGGCUGCCAUCAAGGUCAUCAAGCUGGAACCUGGGGAGGACUUUGCGGUGGUCCAGCAGGAGAUCAUCAUGAUGAAGGAUUGUAAACACUCCAACAUCGUGGCAUACUUCGGCAGCUACCUGCGGAGAGAUAAGUUAUGGAUCAGUAUGGAGUACUGUGGAGGAGGAUCGCUACAGGACAUCUAUCAUGUAACGGGACCUCUCUCGGAGUCCCAGAUCGCCUACAUGUCCCGAGAGACCCUGCAAGGUCUUUAUUAUUUACACAACAAAGGCAAAAUGCACCGAGACAUAAAGGGAGCCAACAUCUUACUAACGGACAACGGUUACGUCAAAUUAGCUGACUUCGGGGUCUCUGCACAGAUCACAGCUACUCUGGCCAAGAGGAAGUCCUUCAUUGGAACGCCCUACUGGAUGGCCCCCGAGGUGGCGGCGGUGGAGAGGAAGGGGGGCUACAACCAGCUGUGUGACAUCUGGGCGGUGGGCAUCACGGCCAUAGAGCUUGCCGAGCUGCAGCCCCCCAUGUUCGACCUGCACCCAAUGAGGGCUCUCUUCCUGAUGACCAAGAGUAACUUCCAGCCACCCAAGCUCAAAGACAAGGUGAAGUGGACUAAUAAUUUCCACCAGUUUGUUAAACUCUCGCUGACUAAGAAUACGAAGAAGAGACCGACGGCUGAGAAGCUCCUGCAGCACCCCUUUGUGUCCCAGCCCCUGAGUCGAACCCUGGCCGUGGACCUGCUGGACCGCGCCUCCAACCCCGACCACAGCGCCUUCCCCGACCUGGAGGACGAGGACCCCGAGCCCGAGUUUAAGUAUAGAGGUCAUUUUUUACCCAUAAGCCCCAGGGCCCGCCGUGCCCCCUGCUUCGUGGCGCACUACAAGUCCCCAGUGUCCGUCCCGCACCGCAUCCGCUCCACCAGCAGGGGCACUAGAGAGGAGAAGACGCUGUCAGAGAUCAACUUUGGUCAGGUGAAGUUUGAUCCUCCGUUGAGGAAGGAGACUGAGCCGCACCACGAAGCGCAAGCCUCAGAGCCUUAUCUGGACUGUUUUGAGGAGCUCUACUAUACUGCAAGACCUAACCUGGACCUGAGGUCAGAGUACGGCCACGAGUCGCCAAGUCUGCUCAGCGGGAACAAGAGCCUUCUGAAGUCUGUUGAGGAGGAGCUACAGCAUAGGGGUCACAUGGCACACUUAGGGGAUGAUGAUGAUGAGGAUGAUGAUGGUGCUGAUGAUGAUGAAACUCACACCCACAAAUCAAGCACCAUCAUGAGGCCCAAGGUCCCGCCCCCACUGCCUCCCAAGCCCAAGUCCGUCUCCCAGCCGCCACCACAGCCGCUGCAGAAGCUCGACGACAGCCAAUCACACAGCGAGGACGACAGCGGAGGGGGCGGCACCAUCAAGCGCUGUCCAAUCCCGCUGAGCUCCAGCCCGGCCAAGCCAUCCAACGUCCCCCCGCGGCCCCCGCCCCCCCGGCUGCCCCCCCACCGCCGCAGUAGCCUAGGUAACGACAGCGCGGAGGGCGUGGCCGGCGACCUCAGCGCCCCGGGGGAUGAUGGGAGUUUUAGACAUUUCUGGGAGUGGCUCCACGCCCCUCAUACUGAGGAGGAGCUGGAAGAGGCCUGGGAGGUGCUGCAGGAGGUGAAGGAGGUGCAGGAGGAGGAGAAGGACGAGAGUAACGCUCUGAGCUCCUCCCAAAACGGAGAGAGAGAGGGUCCGUCGGAGAGACAGUCCACCAUGCCCCCCAGCGUACCGGCCCGCAAGGACAAGAAGGACACCCCGAAGCCGAUCAGCAACGGCCUCCCUCCAACACCCAAAGUUCAUAUGGGGGCGUGUUUCUCUAAGGUGUUUAACGGCUGUCCUCUGAAGAUCCACUGUGCAACUUCCUGGAUCAACCCUGACACUAGAGACCAGUAUUUGAUAUUCGGGGCGGAGGAGGGCAUCUACACCCUCAACCUCAACGAGCUGCAUGAAACAUCCAUGGAGCAGUUGUUCCCCAGGAGAUGUACGUGGCUCUACGUCAUGAACAGCAGCCUGCUCUCCAUCUCUGGGAAGGCGUCCCAGCUGUACUCCCACAGCCUACCCGGUCUCUUCGACCACGCCCGCCACAUGCAGAAGCUCCCAGUGGCCAUCCCUACGCACAGGCUGCCCGACAAGAUGAUCCCCAGGAAGUUUGCGGUGACCAAUAAGAUUCCAGACACUAAAGGCUGCCAGAAGUGCUGCGUGGUGCGUAACCCCUACACCGGCCAUAAGUACCUGUGCGGGGCGUUCCAGUCCAGCAUCGUUCUGUUCGAGUGGGUCGACUCCAUGCAGAAGUUCAUGCUGAUCAAGAACAUGGACUUCCCCCUGCCCUGCCCCCUGGAGGUGUUCGACAUGCUGGUGGUCCCGGAGCACACCUACCCCCUGGUCUGUGUGGCCGUCAGCAAGGGCACCGAGGUGGGCCAGGUGGUCCGCUUCGGAACCGUCAACCCCAACGCCACCGCCUCCUGGUUCACAGAGUCCGACACGCCCCAGUCCUGCGUAAUCCACGUCACGCAGCUGGAGAGAGACACCAUCCUAGUCUGCCUGGACCGCUGUAUUAAGAUCGUGAAUCUUCAAGGGAGGCUGAAGUCCAGCAGGAAGCUCUCAGCAGAGCUCACCUUCAACUUCCAGAUCGAAGCCAUAGUGUGUUUACAGGACAGUGUGCUGGCCUUCUGGAGACACGGCAUGCAGGGGCGGAGCUUCAAGACCAAUGAGAUCACCCAGGAGAUCUCUGACAGCACGCGCAUCUUCAGACUGUUGGGCUCAGACAGAAGCCUGGAAUGGCGCAACCCAGAGCCGGGGGAGCACAGCGCACGGGCCAGGGUGGUGGUGUUGGAGAGCCGGCCGACAGACAACCCCACGGCCCACAGCAAUCUCUACAUCCUUGCCGGCCACGAGAACAGCUACUGACGCACACACACACUAACACACUCACAGACAAACACUCUCUCACACACACACACAACCCCCCCGGGGGCCUGAGGAGCAGCUGGCGGCGUGAACGGACGGUCCGAGGCAGGAUGAACUCAGUCCACCCUCCUGCAAGGCAUCCUGGGAAAUCAUCCUCUGCUUUACGACCCUGCAAAGCAUCCUGGGAAACCAAGUCCACCAUCAAAGCUAUUUCUGCUACGGCUACCGCUAGCGCUGCUACGGCUAAUACAAUUACUGCUACUGCUUGCGCUCCACAGACGAUCCCUGGUCGUCUUUCAUUCCUCCUCCUCUCCACCGGUGGGUCCCUCGGAGCCUCCUGCUAGCCGCCGCGCCGCGCUAACCCGACCUAUUUAAUGGAUGUGAAUAGAUACCAGAUAAGGAACACUAAGUAACUCUGGAGAUAGUCGCCUUCUCUCCAGCGCUGACAGACAGACAGACAGGUAGGCUGACAGGCAGACAGGUAGGCUGACAGGCAGACAGGUAGGCUGACAGGCAGACAGGUAGGCUGACAGGCAGACAGGUAGGCUGACAGGCAGACAGACAGGCUGACAGGCAGACAGACAGGCUGACAGGCAGACAGACAGGCUGACAGACAGACAGGGGGACAGACAGACAGGCAGACAGACAGACAGACGGACCGACCGGGGGGGCCAUCACUUCCGGAUUCAGGCAGAGCUUCUCUUUGCCAUGGUAACGGCUAGGCUGUGAUGUGAUGCGAUGCUCAAGAACCUGAUGCAACGUGAUGACAUCAUACAGGAAGUGAUGUUGUACAGCUCAUGGUCUGGCUGGGCCAACAGGAAGUAAGCACUGAUUGGUCAUCUUCACUUUGCAUGCGUCACUGUUGUCAAUCCAUAUGUGGGCAUUGUUACCUCCUGGUUUGCGUCAUGGCGGCCGACAGAGGAUGUGUGUGUGUGUGUGUGUAUAUGUGUGUGUGUGUGUGUGUGUGGGGGUAUUUAUGUGAAUCAUCAUGAGCAACACUUAUUUUUUAAUCACCAUUUUAAUACUUCGCCUCGCGUCAGAUUUUAUGUUUUUUUAAGACAUUGGAACGACUGCUGGUCACACGUAAAGUGGUGAGGAGCAAAUGUUGUCUAUAUAAUAUAUGAAGAGGUGUGUAUGCACAGGAUGCUGUGUGUGUGUGUGUGGACGAGGAAGGUGUGUGUCUGCCCUUGGCCUGCUGGGGGCGCCCCUGAGAGGUGGAACACCAGACCUCUGUCCCCAGAAGGACGUUGGGUCGAGGACCAACACUCCGCACUACUGAGGUGGAGGACGUAGUGAUUCACUGUCAGCGUGGGGUCGUGUGUAAACCCACCCCCCCACUGUCAGUGUGGGAUCAUGUUUAACA